AUGCUUGGCGCAUUCGUAAACAGCAGGGAUGCCGACGGCGCAAAGGUGGCAUUCGAUCGAAUGCCAGAGAGAAAUAGUGUGUGUUGGACGUCGGUGAUUCUUCUAAAUGCGAAGGUUGGGCAUUUGGAGCUUGCGUUAAACAUGUUUCAAAGAAUGCCAGAGAGAGAUAUCAUCUCUUGGACCGUCUUACUGCAAGCCACUGCCGAGAGUGGAUUUUCUGGUUAUGCUCGAGCAUUGUUUGAAAGAAUGCCAGAGCAAGAUCCAGUUUGCAUGAACACAAUGAUAAAUGCAUAUGCCCAUUGUGGGUAUCUGGACCAGGCAGAAGUUUUGUUUUAUCAUCUGCCGGAGCGAACGGUCGUAUCCUGUUCGCUGAUGAUCAGCAUUUUUGCAAGACUAGGCCGUGUCACGGAAGCAAAAUGUGUUUUUGACUCUAUGCCGCUAAGAAACGUGGUGGCGUGGAACGCGUUAGCAGCCGGAUAUGCCCAUUGCGGGCAUACACUCCAGUCGCAAAGAAUUUUUGAGCUCAUGCCACUAACGAGCGCUGCGUCUUGGAACACUCUCGUCGUCGCGUUUGCAAACAAUGGCGGCAUUCAGGAAGCACUCGAGACCUUCCAUUCGAUGCCCGAAAGGAAUGAAAUCUCCUGGAAUGCAUUGAUCCAGGCGCAAAGCUCACCUGCCUGCCGCGAAAGAGUCUUCCAGACGAUGCCCUCUUGGGACAUUGUUUCGUGGACGCUUUUGAUAUCGAUGUGUUCCAAUGCCACAGAACUGAAGCCCCUCUUUGACAAAAUGCCCGCCAAGAACGUCGUCUCAUGGACCGUACUCGUUUCUGCAAAUGCCCAGGGCGGGCACGUACGGCAGGCCGAGGUGGCUUUCGUACGGAUGCCGCAGCACGGCCGCGUCGCCGCGACCAGCAUGGUUGCGGCGUACGGCCAUUCCGGCCGCAUUGCCGCCGUGGCUGAUACCUUCGAUUCCAUGCUGGAGAGAGACGUGGUGGCGUGGAGCGCCGCCGUGGCUGCAAAUGCCCAGAACGGGCAUGACGUGGAGGCCAUCCGGACGUUCCACCUAGCGCUACUCGACGGCGUGGCUCCUGACCGCGUUUGCUUUGCCAGCGUCCUACUGGCAUGCGCCCACUUGGGGACGGUCAACGCCGGUCGUGACUACCUCGUGAGCAUGAGCUCUGACCACCGUGUUGACCCCACCUGCGACCACUUUCUGACCAUGGUUGACUUACUCGGCCGCACGGGUCGGGUGAAAGAUUGCGAGGAUUUGGUCAACGCAAUGCCGUACGUGCCCGGCGACGUGGCGUGGAUGAGCCUGUUGGGCGCGGCCCGGUCGUACGGCCACAUGGGAGCCGGCGUACGGGCGGCUGAGAAGUUGAUGGAGCUCGAGGCGUGCGGAGAGUACGGCGGCGGCGGCUGCCCGUACGUCUUGCUCGCGAAUCUCUUUGCCGGGGCCGGGUGGCACGCCGAGGCCGCGAGGGCGAAUCGUGUGAUGAAAGAAAGAGGGGUGAGAAUCCAUCGCUGCGUGAGCAGCAUUGAAGUUGGCGGUGUGGAUCACAGGUUUUGCGUCGGCGAGGAUCUUGCCGCGCAUCCACAGGGCGAGGAGAUCGCGAUGGAGCUCCGGAGAUUGGAGAGGAUGAUGGUGGAGCAAAGGCUGUUUGCUCCAGAGGUCCGGGAGGUUCUUCACGACAUUGGAGAGAGCGAGAAGGAGCGGCUCCUCUGGCAGCACAGUGAGAGGCUGGCGAUCGGUUUUGGCCUGGUUGCCACUCCGCCUGGAACCCAACUGUGGAUCAUCAAGAACCUCCGGGUGUGUCUCGACUGCCACACCGUCACCAAGUUUAUCUCGCUCGUCACCAAGCGCAGGAUUGUUGUGAGAGACUCGAAUAGAUUCCAUCAUUUUGACGAUGGAAGGUGCUCCUGCCAAGAUUAUUGGUAA